UGUUAACAUUGUGCAAAAAAGGUUUAUUUAAGCCUGUGCGUUAAAUCAAAGUCACAUAGAAUUGACUAUUCAAGAACAAUUUCCUAAACAAAGAGAAACAGCAACUGUGCUACCAAAUCAUUUUGCCACUGUAUGUUCUAGCUAACUGCUUACUAAUUAGUAAUGAUGAGAAAAGAUAAUGCAUGUAGAUAAACGUCUGUGGCUUCUACUAUAUUGUUUUUAAGUGACCUAAAUUAAACAGAGUAGUCCCUAUUUGCAUAGAACCCUGUAAAUAUUUCCUAUGAAAACCUGAAACCACAUGAAACUCAGGGAGUUUCACUUCGAAGGAGACCAGUUCUGUGUAUACAAACACACGCAGAUACUGCAUUAGAGGAUACGCCACUAAACGUGCAGAACGGCAGGGAUCUCCCAAGGCUAUGUUGUGAUUUAUUUUCAAGGAUUUCAAGAAACUGGUGAUACUUGCUUGCAAAAGUUGUGGAUUGACAGAAUCUAUCUUCAGCCCGAAAGGAAGUGGGUUUUGUUUGGGUUUGAGGUGGUUUCGGGUUGUUUGUUUUUUAAAUUUGUAGUAUGUUGUGCUUGUAGUGAAUCUGAGUAUUAAGGUAAAUGUAAACUUGAGAGAUCAAAUUAAUCAAAAUCGAUGUAUGAGUUUCUCACGGGUAACACCGUGGAAAGCCACAAAAUUAAAAUCCAUAUUUUGAACACUUGGGUCUUACUGUUGAAUACUGGUGAAUACUUAUGUGGUCUUUGUAUAAAAUAUAUUCAGUAAAAGUUUCUUUCAUGACACAAGACUCCCCAAAGAGUGGCAGAGGUACCUGAAGGUGCAGAAGGAUAAAGCUCUUUUACUAAGGGUUUGAAUGAAGAGACUUCGGCACUGAUUCCUGUACGUUCUUUUUUAACAGCUUGUAAACCAACGUGGUUAACCAAAUUUUGCCCAGUAUGUGCUAAAGCCUGUAAUUCAAUUAAAUCCACACCUCUCUUUUUCAUAUUGUUUCAGGGUGGAGUUCACUUUACACCUUGAUUCGGACAAAAUCCGUUUCGCCGAGGUUUUGCUGUCCUUUUCCUCGCCCUCUGUCCUGAGGCGUUUGCGAGCGGCCCCGAUCUGCUGCACAGAUGUCUGGGGGCAGCCGAGCAAGGCCCCUGCUUAUCAAGUGUCGGCAUUUUCCAGCGUUACUGAAGACAUUAAACAACAUCCCGGAGCAGCACGGUAGCGCUUUCCACAUCUCUCCGGAGUGCUCCGGGCCGAAAGGGCUGGCCGGAGUCACUGAAAGCGCCGAGUGCGCUGGAGGGACCCCGCGCGGCCAGAGCAGGCUCCGCUCACCGCCGUGCCCGCCCCGCUUUACCGUAGCUCCCCGCAGGAAAUACCCUCCGCGACGGGGACCGAGAAGGGUCCUCGCUACCGCUGUGGACCCGGCGGCCAGGCCCGACGCCGCGGCUGGAGGUCCCCGAAGGGAGGCUGGGGCGCGCGGCGGCGGGGAAGCUGCCCCGCCUCCCCCACGUGACGAGCUUUGUCCUGCGUGAGCCACCGUCGCGGCAAGAUGGCGGCGGCGGAGUCCAGUGACAGCGAUGAGGAGGAUCUGGUGAGCUAUGGGACCGCGCUGCAACCCCUGCAGGAGGGUGAACGAAUUAAAAAGCCAGUUCCUCUUCAAGAACAGACUGUUAAAGAUGCAAAGGGACGAUAUCAGCGUUUCCAUGGAGCAUUUACUGGUGGUUUCUCUGCUGGUUAUUUUAACACUGUUGGCACAAAGGAAGGAUGGACUCCUUCAGCUUUUGUAUCAUCAAGGCAGAAGAGAGCGGAUAGAACCGUUCUUGGACCAGAAGACUUCAUGGAUGAAGAGGAUCUUAGUGAAUUUGGGAUAGCACCAAAAGAUAUUACAACCACAGAUGAUUUUGCAUCCAAAGCUAAAGACAAAAUAAAAGAGAAAGCUAGACAGAUUGCAGGAGUAGUUGCUGCCAUUCCAGGAACCACAGCAUUUGAUGAUUUAAUAGGACCAUCAAAAAUAACAAUUGGGGUUGAACUGUUACGAAAAAUGGGCUGGAAAGAAGGACAAGGAAUUGGACCGCGAGUCAAAAGAAAGCCACGCAGACAGAAACCUGACCCUGCAGUGAAAGUAUAUGGUUGUGCGUUACCUCCUGGACUAUCUGAGGGUUCUGAGGAUGAAGAGGAUGAGUACCAGCCAGAGAAUGUGACGUUUGCACCAAAAGAUGUAAUGCCUGUAGAUUUGACUCCGAAAGAGAAUGUCCAUGGACUUGGCUAUAAGGGUUUGGAUCCCUCACAAGCUUUGUUUGGUGUAUCUGGAAGAGAACACCUGAAUCUCUUCACAGGUGGUUCUGAAGACACAAGCAAUUUACUUGGUGAUCUGAGACACAACAAAGGAAGAAAACUAGGUAUUACGGGUCAGGCUUUUGGUGUAGGAGCUUUAGAGGAGGAAGACGAUGAUAUUUAUGCAACUGAAACACUGUCAAAAUAUGAUACAGUUCUAAAAGAUGAGGAACCUGGAGAUGGCUUGUACGGCUGGACAGCGCCUAAGCAGUAUAGAUCCAAAAAAAGGUCUGAAAGAGAAGUUAAAUACAUAGGCAAAAUCUUGGAUGGUUUUUCCUUGGCAUCAAAAUCCUCAACUCCAAGCAAGAUUUAUCAACCACCUGACCUGCCACGAAAUUACAGACCAGUCCAUUACUUUCGACCUGUGAUAGCAGCUGGGAAUGAAAGCUACCAUUUACAGAAGGCAUUAGAGGAAUCGACGGGGAAACUUGAGUGUGAUACGACACAACAAAGCAGGCAUGCCUUGAAUGCGUCCCAGAGGAGGGAACGACUAGGAGAGACUGGUCUAAAAGGUCCUGCUCCUUCUGUUUUGGAAUAUCUGUCUGAGAAAGAUAGAGAAAGACUCAAAGAAGUGAAACAAGCAGCUGAACAACAAAUGAAAGCAAAAAUGUUACCUCAGCAGUCACGAAAUAGCAGAUUCCAGCCAGCCUCCACAGAUGAUGCUUGUCACAAAUGGCAAAUGUUGUUGGGGGGGCAGUUAGCAAAUGCUGGUUCUAGUGACUUCAAACCAUUUGCAAGAAAUCCAGAAAAACAAAAAAGAUAUGAAAGUUUUGUGAAAAGCCUUAAACAAGGAGAAAAAGUAGAUACGUUGGAGCAUUACUUAGACCCAAGUAUGACAGAAUGGGAGCGAGGAAGAGAACAAGAGGAGUUCUUCCGUGCAGCAAUGUUCUACAAAUCCUCAAAUUCAACACUGUCAUCCAGGUUUACCCGGGCCAAAUAUGAAGAUGAUGUUGACAAAGUUGAAGUUCCUCGGGACCAAGAGAAUGAUAUUGAUGAUAAGGAAACUGCUGUGAAGAUGAAGAUGUUUGGCAAACUCACAAGAGACAAGUUUGAAUGGCAUCCUGAAAAGCUGUUGUGUAAAAGAUUCAACGUUCCUGAUCCAUAUCCUGAUUCUUCCAUUGUUGGGUUACCAAAAGUGAAACGAGACAAGUAUUCUGUGUUUAAUUUCUUAACUCUGCCUGAACCCACCACAUCUGUAACUCCAGCAACAAAUGAAAAAAUCCAACAGAAUAACAGUUCUAACAAACCAAAGAAACCUUCAAGAUGGGAUGUGUCAGAUAAAGAGAAGGAGAAAAAAGAUUCUAUCAGUGAAUUCAUUAGUCUUGCUAGAUCAAAAGUUGAUGCUCAGCAGCAGCCAUCAGUGCCAGCAACAGAAGAAUGUGGAACUGGGCCGAGUGACGCACUUCCCACUGAGGUAACUAAUGAAGAUAAGGAUCAGGAAGAAGAAAGCAGACCAUCCAUGGACUUAUUUAAGGCCAUCUUUGCGAGUUCCUCAGAUGAAAAAUCAUCUUCCUCUGAAGAAGAGAGUGAUGAAGAACAGCAACCAACUACUUCGGUAAUAGAUUCAGAAACCACCAAGCAAGUUGAUCUACCAGACAGUUCUUCAUCUAAUGUACAAGAGAACAUACCUGCUACAACUGAUCCUGACGUUUCUUUGUUGCCUGCUUCAAAGCAGGAACUGAAUGCAACAGAGGAAUUUGGACCCAAGUUGCCUCCAGCUUUUUCUUCUGGCCCUACUUGGCAACAAGAACCAGCAGUGCCAGCAUCUUUUCCUGGGCCUAGUAGGAAAGAAAAACAUAGAAGGAACAGAGAGAAACACAAGACUAAGAGAGAACACAAACACAAAAAGGAAAAGAAAAAGAAACAUAAGAAACAGAAAAACAAAGGAAAACACAAGAACAAAAAAUCAGAAAAAGACAGCAGCUCAGAUACUGCAGAUAGCAGUGACAGCCUUAGUGAUAUAGAUACCACAGGCUUGUCACCCAAAGAACUUCUAAGAAGAUGCUUGAAGUAAAGUACAAACAAAAGUAACUCUCUCAUUGAGAUCAUAGUCACCUUUAAGUGCAUCCAUGUGGAACAGUCACUGCGUUGGCUUCUGUUUAGCGUCUCUUAUUAGCUGAAGGAGAAGUCUCAACAUAUUUGUUGAAAUACUACAUCCAGCUGAAUGAUUGGCAGAAUGAUUGGGGUCUCGGUGUUGAGUGGAAUGGACGUGUACCAAUGGAAAGGCUGGCAUUCCAAAGGACUCUGCCUUCCAUUCCUUUGGAACUGAACGUCAGUAAUGUAUCGGUGUUUUCUUAUUAAAAAACAAACUACUCCUUUGAUUUCUAAAUAACUAAAAUAGGGGUUUAUGCAUUUUGCACAAAAUAGACUUCUUUGUAGAAGCAGUUAUUUUGGAAGUCUUCACAUUUCCAUGUCUCUCUUUACAUCACUGGGAACAUGUUUUUAUCUUGCAUAACCCAGAUCUCUCUUUUAACGUUUAAGAAGCUGCUCGAGUAAUUAAAUGAUGUUAAUGUAGUGUGUAACUAUUCAGUCUGACCUCUUUCUUCUUCUUUCCCCCUUAUAGAUUAAAACAACUUCAGUACUGAAGAGAGAGCUUGCCUUCUUCAGUGCUGUGUGACUUUUGAUCUCAAAUUUUUGAUCUCCUCCAUGAUGGUAGAUCAAUCAUGUAGACUUUGAACCACUGUAGAUACUGUAUUCAUAUUGAAUUUGUUUGAAAGUGAAUGUGCAUAUGUUUAUUUUGUGAUGCUUCGUAUGUUCAAAAUGUAUGGAUUAUGGAAUCUUGAAAAGAUCCCUUUCUGGGCAGCAUAAUCUGAAAUACUGCAGGCUCUGUUUUAAUUAACAUGAAACAACAUAUUUUAAUAAACUUAAGUAUUAAAAA